AUGUCGUCGUCGACGGCCAGCGUCGCGACGCUGCAGCGCAUGUCUGCCCAGGCGUUGUCGGAAAAGAUGCUGGCGGAGUGCGAGGCUGCAGACCCGACCUUUGCUGUGGUUGACGUACGCGACGACGACUACAUUGGCGGGCACAUCAAGGGCUCAACCAACGUGCCCAGCCAGCAGCUCGACGCCAUCCUGCCGACGCUGGUGCGCAAGCUCAAGGACAAGCAGACGGUCGUCUUCCACUGCGCCCUCAGCCAGCAGCGCGGGCCCAGCGCUGCCCUGCGCUACCUGCGCGAGCGCGACGGCGUGCUGGCGGCGCUGGGCAUCGCCGCCGCCGCCCCGCAGACCGUCUACGUGCUCGACCGCGGCUUCUCGGGCUGGCAGGAGGUGUACGGCGAGGACGAGCGGCUGACCGAGGCGUACCACAAGGAGCUGUGGCAGGAUUAUUGA